AUGGCAUCUUCCGACCAACCACCUGGCGUCCGUCGUCGAGCUAUGUCACCACCCAGUCGGGAUGGCACCUCCGCGACUGAGAAACUUCAAUCCAUAUCAUCCACAACUGAAUUGCCCAAUGAUAAGAUAGAGAUUCUCCCAGACAUAUCCAGGAUCCCUGAAACACCGUCUCAGAGCCCUCCCGACCUCGAGUGCCAGACCGCCGACACCACUGCUACACCUGGGCCGCACAAACCACCCCUAACAGGACCACCCUACGUCCGUACCCGGGCAUGGUCCUUCAGACCAUUCCGUGUCUGCUGCCGGAAAUGGAUCCUCAGCCUAUUCGCCGCGCUCAGUGCCUCUAUCCUGGCGCACUACUAUCUUGGAACUUGUUGCGGCAUUUCCGCCAUGUCUCAAGCGGUGCCGACGCACACCGGAGCGGUCGACACCACAAACCAAUGGGUUCCGUACAACUGUCCAGAUGGCUCCAAGACGUCAUGCAAGAUGCCGCCCCUGUUCCGGGAGUUGAUGGAACAUCAAGCGAGUUCGACUGACUUGGCACAAAGCAUAAACGCAGCCGCAACCUCACCCAACAAGCCGAAGUACAUCCAGUACGAUCAGAGGUCGAUAGAGUACUUCAUACACCAGAACACACUAGCGGCGGCCAAAAUCGCGAACGCAAUGCUCAAGCUUCAGAAAGACGUACAGGAAAUGCAGUCCACGGUGGCUCAAAGUUUCUCAACAAGCCUCAGCACGCUCUUCGAGAGCCCGCAUUGUGGACUGGACAUUGCUGAAGCCUUUGUGACCAACGCCACCGCGACUUGGACGUACUUCUAUAAACACAUCCAGUCCGACGUGCGGAGGCUGCAGAAAGCCUUGGAUGAUCAUGUAGUGAACUUGAGCCAUAUUAUGAUCCACGUCAGAUAUGUAUGGCAAUGUGACGAUAUUUGGCAGAAACGAGGAAAGAGACGGUUCAUUGGUAUUGCCUCGUACUCCAAGACUUGGGACUGCGAGCAUCUAGCACCAUCAGAGCUACUGUCGAUGAUUGACACCAUGCUCAAGGAUGCUGCGUGCGAUAUGGAAAUGCUUGCCCAAUAUGAACAACUGAUGGAGAAGGUUGGGCCGGCGCUCAAGGAGAGACUCAGGAAGAUAUUGGCGGUGAGGGAUCAAUCAAUCGAGGCCACUAUUGAGGGAUUGGAUGCCACUAUUACGGGAUUCGAUGCGGAGCGUGAGAUCUGCGAAGCUGGUGAGAUGCUCGUGCCCGGGUUGGACAUCAAUGCCAAGGAUGUAUGCGGGUCAAAGUAG